AUGAAGAGAAAGGUCGAGAAGCAGCAGGCUACUGCUCCUCGCUCGGCGGUCAGUGCUGUUGCCGCACGGCGAGCUCGACAGCAGCAGCAGCAACAACAACAACAACAACAACAACAACAAAAUGCGUCUACGUCGACGGGUAUAGACAAGGAACCGCCGGCCAAGAAAACACGGUCAUCGAAUACGCAAGAGGUAUUACAGGCAAAUUCAUCGACACAAUCCCAGGCAGAAACCACAACGCUGAAAGCCGGCGUCCAAGACCGGACCGCCAAUUCGAGCAACGUCGAUACUACCAGUGAAGCGCUUGACGAAGAUGAAAUUAUAGAGGAAGGUGUUGGCAUUGAUGAUGCCGGUCAAGACGGGGAGGAGUUUGAGACGCCGUCGCAACUGCCCGCCGAUAUAGAAAACUUUACACUGUCGAGACAUCGGCUCUCCAAAAAGGAUGUCGUGUAUAGCGACGAGGACAUGCUGUGCGUGCGCAUCAAGGAAAAGACGACUCUCGUCCUUAUAGGCAUCUACGACAUAUGGGUCAAGAGAGGCGUGGUCAGCAUCAUGGGCGCAAAACUACAUCCCUCCCCUAACAUCUACCGAGUAUAUGCCCCUUCGACACAUUCGCUCCCCGUGAUAAAAUGCGUCAGCAGCGUCGAAGGAUAUGCGGAAAUUGAGCUGCAAUCGUGCGCAAGUAACUUGGAUCGCCUCAAGGAGAUCUCGCCUUUAUACAAUCGCAUCUGGAAUACUGGUGAAACACCCGGGGAUAGGUCAACUUUCAAGGGAUCGUGCAAGAGGUCAUUUUCUAUUCUUUAUACAUCAUCUGACGACCCCCUGAAACGACCUCUUCGACCCCUUCACCUGGAUAAAAAGUGGAGUUCGACUAUAAAAUCUCUUUCUCAGCGUGGCCACGGGUUGAAAGCCCUGAUUUGUGGCCCAAAGGGAGCUGGGAAAUCGACCUUUGGACGAUAUUUAUUAAACCACCUUCUCAGCCCUGCACCCCAGACCGACAAAGGCCCUGGCUAUCCGGAUGGGGUUGCUUACCUAGACCUCGACCCCGGGCAACCAGAAUUCGCCCCGAUGGGGAAUAUAUAUCUCGCCCACCUGCGAGAACCAUUCUUUGGCCCACCAUUUUCGCAUUCUUCAUUAGAGAAUUCUCGACAUGGCACAAUGAUUCGAUGCCAUCAUAUCGGGGCCACAUCUCCAAAAGAAGACUCUGAUCACUACGCUCUAGCCACCAUGAAUCUCCUCGACCAGUACCGAGUGCUACUGGCAACGUUCCCACGAUGCCCCCUGAUUAUAAAUUUCCCAGGUUGGAUUUUUGGCUUGGGUCUUGAAGUUGUGACCUGGUUGAUCCGUUCCAUGGGGCUUUCAGACGUCAUUUAUAUGAGUGAAAAGGGCCCCGACGAGGUAGUCGAGCCUUUACGCUAUGCUUCGUCAGAGGCCAAUGUUACCUUGACCACGUUACCUUCCCAACCCGUUGAUUUUGUCUCACGAUCGAGCGCCCAGUUCCGCUCAAUGCAGAUGCAGUCAUACUUUCAUGCCGCGCAACCAAAUGGGCUACAAAAUCCCUUUUGGUCGAGUGCUCCCCUGGCGUACCACAAGCCUGUCUGUGUUUCUUAUGCUGGUGAAAAGCAGGGAAUACGUGGGAUCAUGGUGCUUGGUAAUCGGCACGACCCUGCAGUUUUGAAGGACAUAAUAGACGGAUCUGUCGUUUCUGUUGUGGCGAUUGAAGACGCGAGUGCUAUUGACACUUUGGAACAUGUAGAAAAAGAGGGGAAAGCAAUGGAGGAAGACGACUCAGUUGAUAUGCCAGAUGCAAAGGACUCUCUCGAGAGUAAGCGACUAAAAGAAACAUUGGACACCCAUGUUGUCCGCUCUCAAUCCACCUCUCUUCCAUACCUCUUUUGCGGCGCAGGCAGCUGCACUCCUCUCAACCCCAAGGCAUCGCGGUCCCUUGGUCUCGCCGUCGUCCGGGGCAUCAAUACUCGCACACAUCACAUCGAACUGGUCACGCCAAUCCCAAGCACCCGAAUCCGCGAAGCGCUCGACCUAGGCCACCACCUUGUAUUAGUGCGCGGUAUGCUCGACAGUCCCGACUGGGCAAUCAGCGAAGAAUUCCACGCGGCUCGCAACGCCGAACAGGAUUUUACUUCGUCUCUUUCCCUUGCCAAAAAGCAGCAGCGCGGCGAAGAGAAGAAAGCAGGCUUAGAAGCGGAUCAAGCUGAGCUGCUACAACGACUGCGUGGCCGUGUCAAGCGCGCCAGCCGAGCGCCUUGGAUGAGUGUUCUUGAGGAUACGGGGCCGCGACAGUCCCAGGAGAAAUUUCAGCAGACAGAAGGGAUUUGGAAGCUACGGAAAAAGGCAUAUAUUGGUAGUGAUAGUGAGCCUGAGUGGUGA